GUCCAUCGCAUGCUGCAGAUGUAUAGGAAAAAUUCCCGGCCUCAGACCAACGAUGGCACCACAGUGGAUGUAGCCUGACCAGGAUGGCGUGUGAUCCGAUGACAGUGUCCAGGAUAUUAAGAACCUUGCACCAACUGGACAACUACAAUGAGUAAAUUCAAGUUAAACCCUGAGCUGUUCAUAGGCGAGUCCUCGGAGCUUGAUGCUGUGUUCCUGCCCGUGGGUGACGGCCACCACAGUGAAGGGGAGCCAGCCGCGUCCUGGGGUGGGCUGGACACCAACUUGAAUCAACGUGACCCCCACCAGGUGCAUCCGAAGGCCAGGGACCUAGAGGCAGGUGUGGAGGACAGAAAAGACAUGACAGGCAACAAGGACAAUGGAGGCCCUAGCAGUGUUCUCAUUAACGCCAUCACAACAGACACACCCGACUCGAACGACCUCUGCUACAGAACGUCCUUGACCUCCAUCGCUGUCAUCAUCCUGAUUGUGACCUUCCUGGUGUUUGGCCACCGGCACAUCCGCUCUGGGCUCAUGUGGCUGGAGCAGGUCGAGCCGACCACCAGCGUGUCAAUCAUCGCAGCCUUGUUUGUGGUCAUCAGCUUUCCAAUAGCCUGGGGGCUGUCUUUACUCAUGGUCACGUCUGGCUAUUUGUAUGGUUUGCUGUAUGGGCCUCUAGUAGUCACAUUCAGUGUUACAAUAGGUCUCUCUAUAUCAACUCCUGUGAUGCGUCUGCUGUGCUCAGACUACCUGAGGUCGCGCUUCUACUCCAGGAAGGUGGAGGCCAUACUUAACGUGGUCAGUGGGUCACAUGGCAUGAAGGUCAUAGCCUUGACCAGGUUGACGCCAAUACCAUUUGGUCUACAGAAUGCUUUGUUCUCUCUGUCCAGUAUUUCCUUGCUGCGUUACCUGGUGUCCAGCGUGGGUGGCCUGGUGCCUAUGACAGUCCUCAACUGCUACCUGGGCUCCACCCUGAGGACGAUGCAGGAUCUCAUGUCUGAUGACUCAAACAGGUUCACUGGAUUCUUCAUAUUUGGUGGACAGCUCCUGAUAACUGUGGUACUGCUUUGGUUUGUGAUCCGUAAGGCCAGGGGUGAGCUGAAGAAGGCCAUGGAUGACUCGGAAAGAACCAACUACUCCCUCCCAAACGGUGACUGCAGCAAGACAGUUUUUCUCAACCCAGACUGAGUUAUCCCCCCUCCUGGGUACAAAACUACUCGGCUGAAGUGCAACCCACUCCUUAUACACUGCUGUCAUAAAGCUGCUGUAGGUGGAUGUUGUUGAUUAAUGAUGCUGUGGGCUGAAGCUGCUGCUGUUCGAAGCCUCGUGAUCUCAGCGGUGCCAGAUACUGACCAGAAACGACGUAACUUCUUUCUGUGGUUACUUAUGACGGCACCGUACAAAAGAUAUUCUAAAAUUGUAUUUUAACAUAAGAAAUCUGGAAUAUAUUUUACCGACACAUACCAUUAUAAUUUGGCCUCUAUGAGGUACAGAUAAAAAGAAAUACCAGUAUACAUUUUUAUAUACAUCUUUCAACAUCGUGUAAAUAUAUACCUAUAUAUUGUACAAUAUACAGUUAAAGAGGGUAUACCAAGGUUGUGUCAAUGGCCAAAUGUUAUUUCCUAUUUCCUCAAUAUAUUUGUUGAUUAAAAUAGUGCACAACAAAUAAGAAUUCAGUAUUUUCUGUUAUUUAAUUUUAAUAUUGUUAUAACACAUCAAGAAUAGAUAUGUCUGUUAUUUUAUUAAACAGAAGGCAUUGUUGUAUAAAUUGUGUUCCAUGACUAUAUCUAAAAAGUCUUUACAAUUAUUUUUUAUUUUUUCUGAUUGUGUUGCAUUGUCACUGAUACUCAGUCAUGAGGAAGAAGACAUUAUUUUACCAUAUAAUUUGCACUGGUAUACUGCUAUAUGUGUAGUUUACAUACAUGGAUCAGUUCUGAUUUCUUGGGUCAUGGUGCAAAAAACCAUCUUGAUUUACUUUUUAUUUACAUGCUAUAAGCAGACUGUCUUCAAUGCUGACACAUAAGGGCUUAUGUUGUGUUGUAACAUACCAACACAAAUAGGCUGCAGUUGUUGUAUGAUAUUGAUACCUAUUUUUGUAGUAUAUGGUAUUGAUGCUGGGCAUAGUGCUGACCACACUAUCCCUUCAUAUGCAGAGGUCACAUAUGACCGGCAGGUUUGAAAGGGAACUUUACUUUUAUGGUAUUGAUGCAUAAGUUCCGCUUUAUAUUAAAUUUUAGCACCCCAUCAAAAUGAUUUUUAGAGGCAUGUCUCAGAAUACACCCCUUUAGAAAUUAUUUAUGAACAUUGUAGAAAAUAAUAGGAAUAGUCUAUAAACCAACCUAACCCUCUACUGGCAAUAAUUUAGUGUGUACCCCAUACUGACUGCCAGCUGAUCCUAAUUGGGGGACGGGGAUUAACUGCACAUUAUCUACAUGUGCAUUUUAUAUAGAACUGCCUCUAAAGUCAGCUUUUGAUUUAUACACCCCUCAACAUUUUUUAUUGUAAAACAAAAACAAAGUAUCACUUAAGGUACACCCUCCCCCUCCCCCCUGUUCUACCAAUGUUGUUGAUUCUGAGUGAAACAUCUGUGUUGAUUGAUUUUAAUAGAAAUGUAGAAUAAACAAAGGUUAUGUUUACAAACAUCAGUGUCUCAGUUAUAUAAAAAUUUUUAUUUUAUAUAACCUGACUCAGCUGUUGUGCUGAUAUAAACAUCAAUCCUUCCCCCCUCUAGCUUGUAAUGUGAUUUACAUUUUGACGGUUCUCUCAAGGUUUAAGGGUAGCAAAUUUUGUAGUUUUCAAUUUUUCUUGAUUGAUACUAUGUAGCAUUUGGUUUUGUAAUAUAGUAGGUAUAAUUUUGUUAUAAAAUUUGUGAAAUGACUUAUUUAAAAAAUUGGGUUUACAGUAUUAUAAUUUUUUGUUUGGUAUACUUGCCCUAUGUUCCAUAUGUGUGGACGAGAAUCUUGUAGGAUACAAUUCAUGGUAGUUUAAAGAAUUUUUUGGUUUUUGAAGCAUCUUGUGGGAAUAAUUUGAACUAAGAACUAAUUAUAAUAAUAAAAUAAAAUUAUAAAGUUGUACGAUGGGCAAUGUACCUUCAGAAGUACCAUUGGGUUUAAAAAAAAUGUAUGUAAAUAAUAAUAAAAGCAUGUUUUAUAAUAUUGAAGCAGUUGGAGUUAGCUAGUAAUUGUUUAUUGAACUUGUUCUCCAAGUAAUAAAAACAUUACCUGUGGUCAAAUUCAGGCAAUAAAAUUAUAAGAAAAAAUAGGCCUACAAGUUUAAAAAAAAUGUUCUGACAUUUUUACCUAGUGUUAUUAGGAUGAUAAACAAAAAAUAAAGCAUUUUAAAAAUCUAACAGUUCUUCCAUGUAGUUUUUAGCUAAUUUGAUCAUAAACUAAAAUAUUUUUUACUUCUUGUUCUUGAUCUCCAGUUAAUGUGUUGUCUCCAGGGUAAUGGAUUAGUGAAAUCCCAUUGACGAAUAUUUAUUAAAUUGGCUAAACCAAGUUAUAGCCUACAAAUGUAAUAAUUGAUGCAAUAUUUUUUAAAUGAGGGCUUAUCUUUUCGUCCGCUCUUUAAUAGAAUACUGAGAAAUGCUUGUGUCUCAAGAUACUUGACAUUUUAAACCAUUUCUAUUUAUUUUUGUGGGAAUAAAGAGAUUGACUGGGAUUAGAGUGUUUAGUUUUAAAUUACUUUAUUUUGAAAUUUUUAAAAAAAUUAUUCUAGUCUAAUCUCAAAUAAAUCACUUAAUGAAUGCCCAUAACAUGUUUUUAUUUCAGUUAUAUUUUUUUCUCUACUUUGUUUCAUUUUUAAAAUUACAAUUUGUUUUACAACUUAAAUAGUAACCUUUUUUUAUGAGGUAUGAGGGCUUGUUUGUCAAGCAUAGAAUUAAAAUAGCUUUUAGUUCCAUUGUCCAGAAAUUACCUCACUUUUACUCUUCAUCAUGAGUUAUGUCCCAUGUUGUCUUGUGAAGGAAAAAUUCUUCAUUAAUCUAGUGCAUAGAUCUUGUAAAUCUUAAUUAAACUAUAUGUACAAUACUGUGAUUGAUUAAUGAUUGUUUGAAGAAUUGUGCAAUAGUCUUCAUUAAACAAUGUAAAUUUAUUCAUUUAAUUAUUGUUUGCAUUUUUUAAAUUUUCAACUGAUAUUUUCCCACCAAAAACAGCAUUCUCAAGAGUAUCACUGAUCUUUAUUUUGGAUUGCCAGAAAAUGUUUGAAAUUCAAUUCAUGUGAUAAGUAGCUAGAUUUCUAUAAAAAUGACAUAGAUUUUAUUCUGUUUAAGCUGUAGGUAUAAAUUGUUGAUUCACAAGUAUUUCUUCUCUGACUGUCAAUUAGACAAUAUUUCUUGAAAAGAAAGUAUUUUUUUACAAAACAUGCCAAAUAGACCUUAAACAACAGUAUUCUGGUUGGCUAUCAAGUAGACUGCAUUUUAAAGGCAUUUUUAUUCCAGUUUUUCACAUACUAAAUAGUGUUCUUGCUGUCUAUCUCUUUAAUGGACAACAAAGAUUCUAAAAAUACAACCAUGAAGUUUCUACAAUUUUUACUAUUUAUCAUUGUUAAAAAACAACUGAUCAACUCUAUGUCUCCUUCUCGUUUAUGUCUAGUCUACUAGUUCAGUUGUUAACUAGAUUUCUCCUCACCAUCAUACUAUGUUAUCUGCCUGUUGUGGCAGUCUAGCGUGUGCCUUGUAACACAAGAAUUUUUCUCUGUGUAUCUACUUUCAUUUGUAAACCAUUUGUUGUUUCAACUAAAGUGUUCACAUUACUACCUGUGAUUCGUUCAUUUUGUCCACAUCUAGUUUUAGCUCCACAUGUGAGUAGUUCCCCUGGUGGUCCAUGGGGCAAAUGAAGUAGAGUUCACCUGUUGUUUUUUUUUUACCUCGGCAUUUGAAGGGAAAGUGUGGUCAGCACUAUGCCCAGCCGUAUUUACUUUCCCUAACAUGAGUCAGGUACCUUUCAGAGCUGUGUGUACUCAGGGACGUACUAUGGACUUGAACUCAUAUUCAAACUCAAAACUUUCAGGUUAGCAGUCAUAUGCUCUACAAUUUGACCAAACUGUUCCAUUGUUUCUGUGAACUCUGUUUAAAUGGGUUGUGUGGUUAGUUACCCAUAAGACCUUGGUGGACUAGAUAAGCAUUUAAUGUAGGCCUAUAAGUUAUUUCAUUUAACUGUUAGCUAAUUUAUCCUUUUUUUUUUAAAUUUAACUCAGUUAUUUCAAAAAGUGUUGACGAUUUAACAAAAGGUGUUCAUGUAACUACCACAGGAUUAAAUUGUUCUUUUCUCAGUAUUUUGUUCAUGACCCAUGGUUACGAAUUUGGUGUUUUAAGUGAACAAGUUUUCAAGCUUAUCAUUGUUUUGAGUGUAUCUUUGUGCAUUCUGUAGCUGAUCUAUUGGUUUCUAACUUAAAACGUCAAACAUGAAAAGAUAGCUUUUGUACUAUUAUACAUAUCUGUGGGAUUUUAAACUAAAAAUAUUCACUCUUGUAUAUAUAUAUCCAGGGUUAUUUAUUUAUUACUGGUAAAAUUAUUUGAAAGAGUACUAAAGUUUUAUAUAUCAAACUUAAAUAAUUUCACAUGUAAACUGAUAUAGAAUCUUCACUGUUAACUAUAGGGGGAAAUGCUAACAGUUAACUGCUUUUGUUGUAUACAGUUAUUUCUAGAAUAUUAUUUUUAUUACAAUUAAACACUUGGUUAGCUUUUUCUUAUCUUUAACAUAAUUUUUUUGUUUAAAUUUGUAAUGUAGACUUUUCGUGAAAACAGUGCAUUGAUUUAAUGUUUAAUAAUAAGGUAUUGUUUUGGUUUUUUAAUUUAAUUUUUAGAUUUCACUAACUUUUGUUUCUUUGUAGUGUAAUUUUUUAUUAUUGAACUCUCAUAAACUAUACAAUUAUAAACACACUAAAUAUAUACACCAAUGUGUUUAUAUGGUUCAUUUUAAAUUAAAUGGUGUUAAUUUGAUAUUAGUAAUAUAAUAUCAAUUGAGUGUGUAGGAUAAGAAUAGAUUUAGUUUUGUUAUUAGACCUAUUAAGUAGACUAGGAUAAUAAUAGUGUAAUAUUGAUAAAAAGUUUACUACUAGCAACCUAAUUCCUUUGUCCCGUUAGUUUUUUUUAAAAAGUCUAUUAAAAGAUAUGUUCAGAAAUUUAAAAAAAACAACAACACUGAUACAAAUAUAUCUUGAUAGUAUUUCUAACACACAGGGUUUUUAGCAUUUUACAUUUUGUAUUUCUAGCACAAAAGAGUUUUUAAAAUUGGCUGAUCUCAUUUUAAUAUUUUAAAACAAAAAAAAAUGGUACCUAUACACUGUAAUAAAUAACAUUUUGUUUUCCAUUUAUAUUGUUCCUUGUAGUUUAAAAUCCCAGCCCCCAUUAUUCAGAAUCAUCAUUUUUUUGACAGAUGUGUUAUUUGCUGUAGUGCCUGAUUCUUUCAUGAAGUAAA